AUGGGCACUGAAUCUACUGAUGGAUUCCCUGGAUUGAAAGGUACAGGUGUUGAUAUUGUACCCAUCAGUUCCCCCAACCACAGGACAACAAGACAUGAAGAUCUUAGCCUCGUCAAAGAUGUCGCGGAACUGUAUCUUGAUAGGGUAUUUGAGAAGCCUGCUGCACAUGAAUUCUACUGUCCUAACUGUAAUGCUUGCAUCAAGAAGGUUGUAAUUCGCCCUGAGCCAGAUGAUAAAUUCAGAUGCACAACAUGCUUCAGUUUUCUCACACCAAUCGGCAAUUGGUUCUUCCCUCAGGUGGUAGCACAACAUGGCGCUAUACUGAAUGAGCAAGAAACUAACACUGUGCAAGUUCCACCACCUGAUUCAUCAACAUACAAAUCUCCAUCUGGUGGAACACCGCCACUUGAUCAAAACAAAGCUCCAUUUAGUGAAAAAGUACACGAUGAAGAUCCCAAUGCUUCAGCGAUAAACCAAUUUCUAUCACCUGUUGACGCACCCCAGGAAGCUGACAGGAAUAAUAUAGCCCCCUCAAAGCAAGACUCUAAACUACCUGAAGUUAUAAUUGAUGGAGGAAGAGGGCCUGAAGCAGAGCCUCCAAUCAUUGUUGAUUCAACUGAGGGAAUAACAGAUUCUGAACCAAGGGGUGCUAAGAAAUUGGAAAUAGUGAAAAGUAUUGUAUAUGGCGGUUUGGUUGAAUCAAUUACAAGUCUAAGUGUUGUGACAUCUGCUGCUAGUGCUGAUGCUCCCACAUUGAGCAUUGUGGCUUUGUCGUUGGCAAACUUGAUUGGUGGAGUUUUCACUAUUGCUCACAAUCUUUUGGACUUGAAAAGUGAUCAGCAGCCUAGAGGAGCCUCCAGUCUAACAAAUGAGCAAGUUGAUCGCUAUCAAGAAAUGCUGGGACGGAGAGAGAAUUUCUUACUUCACGCCACCAUUACUUUGUUAUCAUUUCUUGUUUUUGGUUUAGUACCACCUGUAGUGUAUGGCUUCACAUUCAUGGAGACCGAUGACAAGAAUUUCAAGCUAGCAGCAGUGGCUGUAGCUUCUCUUUUAUGCAUUACCAUACUAGCCAUUGGAAAGGCUUACAUCCAGAAGCCGCCCAAGCACUACAUCAAGACUGUGCUGCAAUAUUUUGUCACUGGAAUUAUGGCUUCAGGUGUUUCAUACGUAGCAGGUGACCUUGCCAAAAAGUUAAUUGAAAAGCUUGGCUGGUUCAAUUCAGGAGAAGCUGUCCCAAUGCCUCUUGCUGAGAUGAGUUCAGGGAGGCUGGCUUGGGCAUCAUAUUGA